AUGCGCUCUGUUUCCUCAUUAGGAAACAUGAGCCGGCAUGAUGGCGUGAAUGGACGCCCUGCAAGUAAGUGGAGGGAUGAAUUGAAUAUCUAUGUGAUAGAGCUCAAAGUGUGCACCCUUGGUUACUCUAUCCAACAGAGAAGGGAGAAGGAAAAGUAGCGCUGGUUAGUGGGAAAUCAGCGACGCUGUCGGGGAGGGAAAUGUUUGGCGUGUAUGUUUGUAUGUGUGGCUCCAUGCGCUGCCCGCAGUCAGUGAGGACGCGGUAAUAUCUCUAAUGCUAAAACAGCAGUAGCCUUAUAUAUCCAAAUUUAUUGACAAAUAUAGCUCAAGGGAUGGAAAGUUGAGAUGACCGUUUUGGAAGGGGGAGGAUUUUGACCAUUUUUAUUUCAGUGCCCCCUCAAGUCGAGUACUACUGAUGUCAUUAGUCUCGAACCUGAGGUCAACCAAGUAGCAGCAAAGUAUGGAAGUAAAUCAGGUCCCUGCAGACUUCCCUCCAAAAGUUUUGCAGAGUUUAGAACUCAGAAAGUUCAGUUAGAACUUAUGUUGUCCAGACAUGGAACUCGCAGUUGUUUUUCACCCAUAUUAUGUUCCAAGAGAGUUGAGUCAUAUCCUAAAAGUACUUGCGCACAUCCCACCCUAGGCAACGGCUGAAGUUCCAUGUAAUGUUCCCAAUGAUACUACGAUAUGGCGGAGAGAUGCACACUGAGGAAGGUAGAGGACAUUCAUCCACUUCGUAACACCUUGAUGGAUGGCCCCUGUCAGGACUGAGAGUUUCAGAAGAUCUUUUAUACCCACAGCCAACAGAUUUCUUAAUUCUUCUAUAGAUAAUAGAUGAAAAAUACCAGACAAACAAAUCUCCCUUUGGGAAUCAAUAAAGUUAUUGUAUCACUUUUUUUAAACGUCCCCCUUACUGCAGUUCUCUGCCUGGCUUUGAGUUCAUAAAAACACAAGGGCCCUUUACUGUCACAACUACAAGGAUACCAGCCUGUGUUGGAUCUUCUGCUGGUUUGACGUCUACUUCUCUUAAAAGUUCUUCUGUCCGUCUUUUAUGAUCCAGAAAUAGUAACAAACAAUAGUUUCAUGUGGGUGUAAGGAAAAUAUGACGCUCUUGGCACUUAUAACAGGUUUAGCGAUGCUCAUUAGUCUGAAUAAUUAGCCCUCUUUGCAGACUCAAUGAAAUACCAGUUUUUAUUUUUUUUAAUGAGCGUGACUCAGCAGGUGGCUAGCUGGGAGGAGUUUAUAAUGACGCUGUAGCUGCACUCCGUGAAAAGUCUGAAUUUAUAGAUGAAACCCUAAAUAAUAAUGAUAAUAAUAAUAAUAAUAAUUGAACCUGCUGUGAAUCAUAUUAAGAAGCCCCAGUCUGUGAAUUACAGAGCAAAUUCAUUUUUGCAGUUAAUACUGUAACUUUUAACUCAACUUAACCCAACUUUAUUUCUAUAACAGCUUUUAUACAUAAAAACCUGCAUAGAAAAAGAAAAUCACCUGCACAUUAAUGGUGUGAAAAUAAUGGUUGUUACUUGGUCUUCAUAAAUACCAACAAACAAGUAUGUUUAACAUGUGCAUGUGUCGAGCAUUUUAAUUCCUAGGCAGGGCUGUAGCAGCAUACAAUGGUCAAGUUUCAUUUUAAAGAAGGAAUGCAGUCAAAUGCUGUAAAUUAUACCCCACCAAAGGUGUGUCUUAAUCACACCCAGCUUGAGUGCUUCAAAUGAGCAGUCCUGAUGACAGGAUGUUUUUCUACGUGUCACCGCUGCUUUGCUGCACCUUUUAUCCUACUGUCCAUACACACUUGACAAACACAUGCUUAACAUUCAAUUCUCUGAGGGGACGUGCCAAUAAAGGAGUUGGACUGUAAAAAAGGGUUAAAGUAUAAAAGAAAGAAAAAAACAGCACUAGAAUGUCAGGCAACGAUAAAAACAAGAAUUUUUAGGAAGUGAAUCCUCAAAGCACUCACAUCCUGUGGAGUUGAAAGGCUUUAUUUGUUUUUUUAAGGCGGUAGGAUUUGUCAUAUCUAAGUAAACUUACACAUACUCACAAAACAUGUGGGUGCAAACAAGAGGACAAAUAAUGAAAGAAUGCGAUGGGGAGUGUGUGCAGAUGAGAUGAGCUGAGGACAAGUCUACACAGCUAAGUAAUAAAGGACACAUCUGUAAUGUCUUACCUUGACCUUUUGCUGGUUUCCACAUUUCAAAGAACAAUUUUUAUCUCAAACUUCAGUCUGCUUUUUCAUUUUAUAUCCAGAAUCCUUUAAUUGAAGCUAUCCCUAUCUAAAUCCUCUUUGUAGUUUAAGCUGUACGCUGUCUUAUUUACUUGCACCACCUUAAAGUAAAAGAGCUACCUUAAAAACUUACAAUGUAAAAUAUGAGCUGCUAGUCUUGUCAGUUUUACCAGGGUUAAACAAUAUCCGAAUAAUAAUGUGACAACAGUUUCAAGUUGUUGGCUUGUGUUAAAUCUGACCAAACUAUGCGUGCGUUGGACAGAGGACACAGACUGAGAGUUAUGUAAGAGUCAACGCCAUAGGUAACAGCGCUGGGUGAUUGUUUUUCUUCCUCAUACUUGUCAGAUCAUGUGACCUCUUCACAACCUCGGAUUCAUAUCAGACAGUGUGAAAAAAGCAGAUAGGAGACUUAUAAUGUGAAUCUUUUAAGUAAUGAUCUUCCACCGCUUUGAAACAGGUGAAAUAGAACAGAUCAGAAAUGCGUGAAAGUCAUUUAAGUAUUUUAAUCCUCACUGUCUGGUUUUCAUUGUGGCAGAGUACACAGCAAAUUUGGGGAGCACCAUCACAUCGAGGUCAGGGGACUCCCAGGGAUGUGUGCUCAGUCCCCAGCUCUACACCCAUCAGACCCACAACUGCACACCAACCUUCAGCACCAACCACAUCAAGAAGUGUGCGGAUGACACGACCAUGGUGGGUCUCAUCUCUAACAGUGAUUUUAUCUAUUUUCUUACAUUUUUUUGGUUUGGUUUAACCCACUACCUCACAUCAUACAGUGUUUUAUUUCAGCCGAUGUGAUGCCGUCAUCAUUUUUUAUUCUAAUUAUUUGUAUCUAUUCUUAUCAUUCUAUUACUUGAACUUUUAAGACUGCUGAGAUGAAGCCAUGACAGUAUAUCAAACUACACAGCAAACUGCACAAAUCAGUUAGAGGAAUUUCAGCAGAUAUUCAACAAUUUACAGCCAUAGUGAGUGUUUCUGAGGGGGUGGUGGUUUUUAAAGCUGCAUUAUUGAUCUAUCUAUUUUCAGCGGGGGGACUUUGGUCUGAACAGUCUUUGACCAGUUCUUUUUCAGGAAGUGUGGAGGGUUGACAAAACGAGUGUAGUUUUUGAACAACACAAGAUUAGUUCAUCCCAAAGAGUCUUCAUUUAACAUUUUAUUGCAAACACAUAUAGGCAUCUUUGCAACUGUAACAUUCAUACUAAACUUGUUCUGAUCAGGUUUCAACUCAAAUUCUCAAGAACAUUCUUUUUUUUUCUCUCCUUUUUCCAAAAUAAAGCCUUUCUGCACAAAAGUUGUUGAAUCUUUCUCUGUCCCCAAGUUGCAGACGCCAUUACAUACAAGGCCAGGUGGUGAGAAUGAGCAAUUAGUCUUAUCAAACAAGAACAUUGCAUGUAUGCAGUUUGAACAUCUUGAGUGAGUAGCAAUUGCAAAAAGUGUUAUACAAAAUUUAAGAAAAUGAACUAGAAGAACAAGAAGAACUGCGGGCGCGUUUCAUCUCAAUAAAUAUUUAUCAAUGGCAAAGAUUGAGUGCUUUUAAUUUGAUUAUGCACAAACAAUGUUUGAGACAUGACUCAUUUAAUCAUGUUUUUAUCUGUAAGGAAGCCAACAGUAACUGCUUUCCUCAUUAAAGUAAGCCACUUGGACCAGUGUGUUGUUCAUAGUUUACUUUUCAACACGAUGUAAUUAGCUGCUUCUUACAUACUUAUGCAGAUUGCUUCUCUCUUUGUAAUUUAGCACUUGUGUGAAUGCAUUGUUCAACAAUUAUGCUCUGUGUGGUUCCAUUGUUUUAAUUAACGCCACCUUUUUGUUGAAAAUACUCUGGAGACAUUCAGUGGCCAUUUUUUAACAUUGAAGACUUUUAAACUUUUGUUCUGUUGGUUGCAAACUCUUUAAAAGUGGGUUCAUGUGAUGGUAUUAAUUCAAGUUAUGCAGUUAAAUAAUCAAAGGUGUAGUUUGAUGGUUACAGUUAGGUAACAGCACCUGGAAUGGCACAGUUUUGGUCCAAAUAAGAAUGAUUUUUACAUUUUUUUCAAUGCAUAUAAAUCACAUCUUUUUAUUCUGUUUAUCCCAAAAGUUACACCAUGUGGAAGCUGAUUGUAACUGCAGGUAGGCCCAGCAACAAAGAAGUUUUAGCUCCAAAGAGUUAGUCCAACAAAACACAUUCUUGACUUGUCUAACUGCCUUAUCUUUCCUUUUGUAGGUCUCUGUUUGACCCUCGGCAGUUUGGGUAGGUUCCCCACACUAUUCAUGAUAAUAAACCUGGGUCAAAAUGUAUGAUAUAAAAUAAAGAUGUCAGUAAAACAUGAUUUCCGUCUUUGACAUAGCUUCUUCCAGGCUGGUGUGUUACUACGACAGCACGGCUGA